GAUUUUCCAAACGCCUUCCGGACCUCAUGACUUUCCAGAUGAGACGGUCGUGACGCUACUUUCACUUUUGUUAAGAACUUAAUUCCCGAACACAUACGAAAGUUUAGGGAAAAAGAUGAAGACGUUAUUGUUGCUUCUCUUCGCAUGUCGCAUGUCAUCAUCAGUGAAACAUUCACUGACGUAUAUGGCCAGUGGAUUUUCUGGAGUCCCAAAUAUGCCAGACUAUAUGAUGACGGGAGAAUUCGGACAAAUACAAGUGGAUUACUGCGACAGCAACAAAACCAGAAGAAGUUAUCCAGGUUUAUGGGAAAAACUCAAUCAAAUUGAUCCUGAGAUCCUGAAAUUCCUCAAUGAACAGUGUUUUGAAAUUCAGCCACUGUUUUUCAAAGGUGUUAUUAGUGGACUGAAGGAAAACAACACAAAUGAAGCUGUCCACAUUUUACAGGGUAUAACUGGCUGUGGAUGGGAUGAAAGAACUGGAGAUAGGAGCCCCAUUUUACGGCGUGGUUAUGAUGGGGAAAACUUCAUGGAAUUAGACAUGAAAACAUUUACAUGGAUUGUUCAAAACCCCCUGGCUGCCCCAAUCAAACAAAUGUGGGACGCCAACCCAGCUGUUAAAGCCUAUUUGAAGCGAUUCUUCACUGAGAUUUGCCCUCAGUGGCUCAAGAAGCUUGUGUCUCUUGGCCUUCUUAAGGAAACAGAGCUUCCCUCAGUGUCUCUCCUCCAGAAGACUCCCUCCUCUCCGGUCAGCUGCCACGCUACAGGUUUCUAUCCUAACACAGCUCUGAUGUUCUGGAGGAAAGAUGGAGAGGAGAUCCAUGAAAAUGUGGAACAUGGAGAGAUCUUACCCAACCAUGAUUGGACCUUCCAGUUAAGUGUUAAAUUGAAUGUUUCCUCAAUCCCACCUGAAGACUGGAGGAGGUACGACUGUGUGUUUCAGCUCUCUGGUCUAGAAAACAACAUCACAACCAUCCUGGACAAAAACAUGAUCAGGACUAAUUUGGUUUCUCCAUCAGAGUUUCCUUCUGGUGCAGUCAUCGGAGGUUGUGUAGGACUGCUGCUGCUGCUGCUCUGCAUCACCGGACUCUUCUUCUGGAAAAGGAACAAUAACGGGUUCAGACCUACAAACACCUCAGAUUCAUCAGAGAAAACUUCAGACUCAAGUCAACGAAGAAAUGAUGAUGAACUCCAGUGAGCUUCUGAUCACAUCAGUCUGUUAUAUUUGGUUGGAGAACAAACAGUAGAGACAUCCCUGGAAAAACUGAUGUUGCUGACUGAGUGAGGAAAGUAAAAACAAUGGUCGUCCAGCAGACUGUUUCUAUUUUCUGUUGGACUUUGAAAACAUUUCAGUAUAACCCAUCUUUAAUCUCCUUGUAUAUUUAUCCAUGAACCUUGUAGUUACUUUUAACCAGUAUUUGUACUUUGACUCAUAUAUACAACAUGUUUCUUGGACCACCUUAUUUCAAUAUUGUUAAAAUUAGUAAGAUCCUGUCUCAGAGUGAUGCAGAAAAACAGUCCAUGCAUUUGCUACUUCAAGACUGGAUUCCUGAAAUUCCUUUUUAUUGGCUGUUCAUUUUAAUUUCUUGUAUUAUUAAGCUCACCUUGUUAAACCACAUUAUAUUUGUGUCCUGUUGGAACAUCUUGUCUGCUGUAAAUCCAGACACCAGACAGUCUUCUACCUGUGUCAUACCUCUGAGAUCCUGAGCCAUGUCUGCACCUACUGAGUUUCUGUGUGUUACUGGCUCACUCACCUUGAGUCCACCUCCUCUGCAGUCCUGGAAGCUCUACCAGUUCUAGAGCACUCGCCUGGCUGCUCGCUGGUCACAGACUCAGACAAUUAUUGAUUCAUUAUUUUGUUCCCAUCCUAUUCUUAAUAAAGCUUUUCUGACUAUA